AUGAAAUUUCUCACAAGAAAUACGACGCAGUCUUCAUUUUACACUAGGUCUUCUAUCACCAUAUGGGAUCGCCGGUGGACCUGGUUGCGCUGGUUGGGGUACUUUACCUGCCUGCUCACUGUUCUCCAGACUAGCUCAUAUCUCUUUGGAUACCCGGAGACAAAUAUUAUCCAGACUGUCUAUGCUGCGUUACAUCGUCCCGUCCUUCGGCCUGGUCAGUAUCAUGGGACCGUUGGUGUGUGGGACAAGGUAGCAGGCGACGACUCACCUGCGCCAGAUGCGUUGGGCAUAGCACAUGAUCGGAGAGACAAGCGGUUCUAUGAGGGCGGUACCUUAACCCUAACUAGUACCGAGUCUCCCGACGCCUCGCAUCCAGUCCCACUUAUCUACGAUCCAUACCCGGCAUACAACAGCCGAGAAUGGAGGAAGAAGUUUCAUGGAAAGUUCCAGCCCUGCCUUGGCCCUAGGGGCCGUGACCUCAACCGCAGGUCUGCGGAAGAUAUGGUUCAAGUCUACAAGGGCCAACAAGCCGGGUUCCCAGCACCGCGAUUCGGAUCAUACGAGGCAUUGGAUCUAGACGGGAACGUUUGCACCGACCGGUACUCCCGCUUUGGGGCAUAUGGGUAUGACGAUGUUGGCGAGGACGAGGUGCCGGGCUUCAUGCGUCCUCCCGCGGUACCGUGGUGCGAUGUUGAUUGGCACAUGUUGCAAAACCUCUGCCUGGAAAGGAACGCAGACAGGUACGAGUCGACUGAGACUAUAAACUCUUCAAGUCAGAGUCCACUGGCUUUUGAUCUUCCCCAGGAUCCUCACAAAUCAUGGGAGCCGCCUGUGCGUGCUACAGGUGUGAAGCAGUACCAACCUCGCUCGGCUUUGCUGAUUCGGGCGUGGCAUGGGCUCAAUUGGAAGCCUCACCAUAGUGAAUACCUUCGGGCAUUGAUUAUGGAACUUUCCUUACAUACUGGAGGAGAAUAUCAGAUUUAUCUCCUGUGUCAUGUCAAGGAAAACGAGAUGCCCAUAUUCUCUGAUAUCAAGACCAUCAACCGGCUCCGGAAUUUCAUCCCCAAGGAAUUCAGGAAUAUGGCUCUUUUCUUCAAUAACAAACUCUUGGAAGCUUGGUAUCCCAAGAUAGAGGAACACAGUCCCCAACUCCAACACCACCAACCUCUGCAAAUCUUCUCCCAGCUGUAUCCCCACUUCGACUACUAUUGGCAACUAGAAAUGGACGGUCGACACACAGGACACAUCUACCACUUCCUAGACCGCGCCGUCUCAUUCGCACGCCAACAACCCCGCAAAUACCUCUGGGAACGCAACGCCUACUUCUACACCCCCGGCGCACACGGCAACUGGAGCGAAUUCACACAAAUGGUACACGAAAGCCUAUCUGACCGAUCCAACCGCACAAUCUGGGGCCCAGUAUCCGGCACCGGGAUCAGACCACUGGGCCCAGACCCGCCAGUGCCAUACCCGGAGCAAGACAACUACACCUGGGGCGUAGGCGAAGAAGCAGAUUUCAUAACGUUCCUGCCAAUCUUCAACCCACAAGGUACGCAGUGGACAUUCCCGGACAAGAUCUGGAACUUCAGGAAUGGGGCGGACACGCCGCGGCGAGCCGCGGUCAUCACGAUGGGCCGGUAUUCCAAGCGUUUGCUCGAUCUGAUCCACCACGCGCAGGCGACGAAGGGCCUUGGUCUUGCGUCGGAGAUGACGGGUGCAUCGUGGGCUUUGUUCCAUGGUCUCAAGGCUGUGUAUGUUCCUCAUCCUAUCUAUGCGGAUGGACAGUGGACGCCGAAGGAACUGGCGCGUAUCUACAACCCUGGUCCGCCGGAGAAUGUUAAUGGGGCUCCUGUCAGUAUUUGGAACUUUGAUCAUAGGUUUGAUCAUAUUAUGUACCGGCUCUCGUAUAUGUUUACGACGCAUAGCGCGGAGGAUUUGUACAGACGUUGGCUGGGGUACAGGACUGCGGAGCAUGAAGGUGGGAGAGUGCUAUCUGAGGAUCGUUAUGGUAGACAUUGCUUCCCGUCUAUGUUCCUUCAUACGAUCAAGAACACGGCUCAACAAAUGGGGCCGGAGAGGGCUGUUCCUUGA